GCUGUUUAAAAUGACUUUAAGAUAAGUUGUGUGGAAAUUUUCAAUACUUUUAUUUAAAUUAUUAGAAUGUAUAUGUUAGAAAACAUGCCACUGUUCUUUCCCCCUUCCUAUAACCCUAAUAGUUACAAGAAAAUUUUUCGAAAAUAUUUGGACUUCAAAAAAAUCAAUGGAAAAUCUUUGAACAUCAAUUUUUCUAGAAUUUUGUUUGAUAGGGAAGCAAAGAAUGUGAAUUCUUCGAAGGAUAUAAUUUGAAAUUUAUGUAAAGAAUUUAAUAAUAUACAAACAAGAAGUUUAACCUGCUGUAUAUUAAAAUAGCAAAUUGUGUUUUAAUUUCUUCAAAAUAUGAACACAUUUUGUUUGUAUUAAAUUUCAAGUUUAUAAUAAAACAUUUAAAAUCAUAGCGGAUUUACUGUCAAUUUGCAAAUUAUUUUUGUUUAAAUUCAAAAUAUUAGCUUUUUUUUUUUAAUUUGAUAUAUUUCUAACGAAACGUUAAUGUAAUAAACAGCCUAACAUGGUAACCUGGCGGCUGUCUUUUGCAACCCUCUCUGAAUAUUCAUCAAUUAGUGGUGACUGGAAAUUCUUCUGUCAAAGCUUAUUGGUUGAUUCCUGAGCCAAUUUGGCGAGAGAAAAGCAAUGACUUACCACGCUUGGAAGACGCUUGGCACACUCUUACGCUGUUUUCACAUAGUGUUGGUUGUUUUAUUCUUGUGUUAGUAUUUUCUCACCCGCUUGUUUUGAAAUCGCUUUCGUCUGGAUUGCAAUAAAAAUGAAGCAGGCACUUGAAUCAGUCGGACAACGGAGGAUUUUCAACAAAGCCCUCCAAUCUGCACUUCGCUCUUCGUCUUUGUCCCAAAAUGAUCCUGUAGCAUGCAAGGGAAAAUGUAAGAUAACUGAGAAUAAAACUGCAUCUGCUUAUAGACCUAAUACACACAAGCCGAAAUCCACUGAAGUUAUGGCUGCAAGUUGUGAAAAUCCUCUCCUGAUAGAUAUGAAUGAGAGUAGUUCGUCACCCAGUCCUGAUAGUGAAGCCAUCCCAUUUUUAACAAAAAGUGCAUUUGAUCGGGAAAGUUUGAACACAGUUCAAAAUCAAGCUGCAUCAUUAUGUCAUCUACCUAGUAUGCAUAUUCCCAAUCCUGCAGACGCAAUGGCUACAAAUUUUCAAAAUCCUUGCCUAAUGAAGAACAACAAUGAGUAUAAUUUACCAACCAAUCAUGUUACUGAAACCUCUUUAUCUGAUCUGCAUUUCUGGGUAAGGAAUACUCACAUGGCUUCAAUUCAAGAAACUUUAAAUAUGGUUCCUAGUGAUGACACUGAUGCUUGGAUUAUAAAGAACCGUCUAAUGGCAUUGCAGCAACUAAAGUCUGAUUUUCCUGAUCAAUAUUCCUCCAGUCUUAGCCUUUCUCCUCCAAGCAUGACCGAUUCAUCUGGGGAAAUAUCUCCAGUUGCAAUGUAUAAUCCAUCAGAUCUUGGAGCUUUCAAUAUUUCACCAUUGUCAUCUAGAAAUUCACUUUCAUCUGCAAAUAGUUCUUUGAAAGAUGCUCCUCUUACUAAUGAAAAAUGUAAAUUCGAAAAACAUGAUAGGCCUAUCAUGCAUCAACAAGAUGGAAUAAAAUUAGAAUUAAUGCUUGGAAGAAAUUUUUCAAAGAAUGAAAAAUCUUCUGGGGAGAAUUCUUUAUUCCGUGGCAAAUUACAAUCUGGAUUCAAAACUGAUCAAAGUACUGGAGUUAUUGAUAAAAAUACAAAGCAAUAUUUGUAUGAGAAGUCAUAUCAAGAAAAAGAAACAGGGCCAAAAAAUUCAAAAUCUGGAAGUAGUAAUGUAGACUGUUGUGAGACAUUUCAUUAUAAUCAUAUGGACAAGAAUAAAAAUAAUGUAGCUAAGUUGGCAAGCUAUGAUGUUGCUUCUUUGAUGGUUCUGAAAUCCACAACAGGCUUCUUUGAUUCUCAUUGUCAUAUUGAUUUAUUGUUGGCUCGUGAGAAGUUUCAAGGUACAUAUGCUAAUUAUAUGGCUCAGCAUAAAGAUAGUUAUCCGCAAAGCUAUAAGGGUUGUAUAGCAGUCUUCUGCAAGCCAUUGACAUUUGCUAAGAAACAAAUGUGGCAAAAACAUCUUGAGCAAGAUAAUGUUUGGGGAGCUUUUGGUUGUCACCCAAAAUCAGCAAAAUUUUAUGAUGGCAAAACAGAAGAAGAUUUGUUAAAUGCUCUGAACCAUCCAAAAGUUAAAGCCUUAGGCGAAAUUGGAUUGGAUUAUUCAAAGGGAAAUCAGUGUUCAAAGUUAGAACAACAUCAUGCAUUUAGAAGGCAAUUAAGAAUUGCCCAAGAAAGGAAACUGCGGCUGGUAAUCCAUUGUCGGGAUGCUGAUGCUGAUACUAUUAAAAUUAUGCAUGAAAUACUACCUAGAGACACGAUUUUCCACUUGCAUUGCUUCACUGGUAGCUGGAAAAGGGCUCAAAAGUGGAUACAAGAAUUUCCUAAUGUUUUCAUUGGAAUCACAAACUUGGUGACAUUCCCUUCUGCUACUCCAACUCAUGAAGUUGUUCGGCAGUUGCCUUUAGAACGUCUGUUACUAGAAACAGAUGCACCUUAUUUUGUACCUUCAGUGGUUCCCAAAGGUACUAAUUCUUCCCAUCCUGGUAUGGCCAUACAUGUUGCAGCUCACAUUGCUGCACUUAGAAAGAUUUCUGUGGAUACAGUUCUACACUGGACAUCUACCAACACACGAAUUGUCUACAACAUAACAUAAAAGCUUCAUUCUACUGUGAUAAUCGAGUCUAAGGAUGCUUACAUCAUCUACUGUCAUGAGGUUACUCGUGAUAUUUUUCUCAGGAUGGAAUCCUCAAGAGCAAACUGGAUUGCUGUAAACCGUACAGAGAAGUGUUUUUUGCUUCAGUUGAUAUUUUCUACCACUUUCAAGCUACUGAGCAUUUAUUUUGUUAUGAAAUAAGAAAUUUGUGUGUGUAUAUUACACAAGAGAUUUAUUUUUUGUCAAUGAAUCUCCUAAAUUGACUAUUCAAGCAUUUGGCUUACAGUUAGCACUAUAGUGGGUGUAAUUUUUGGGAGUGCAAGUUGAACUACUGUGAAAUGUCAGAAUCUUCUGUUUAUACCUGAAAACAGGAUCUCUGAACAGUCCACUUCUGAGUGAAAUGACAAAAUCAUUUAUAAUUGUGAUUGCUGUAAAGUUUUUUGUUUAAUAUGCCUUUAUUAGUUCUGGAAAUUAGUUGGCACUAAAUUUUUUACAUUUUAUACAUGAUUUUUUAUUUUCUACCAUCAAGUGUUCCUGUGGUGUCACUUUUUAUUUUUUUAAGUAGUACACAACUUGCGUGUACAAAUUUGUUAUAAAUAAAAUGUUCUUUAAUUUGAAAUUCAAAUUAAACAAAAAUUUAUAAUAUGCUAUUAAAUUUGCAACCCAAAUUAUUCUGGCAAGAUAUUUUUAACAUUUAGUUUAAUAAUAAAAAAAUUGUGAUUCUUUUAUUUAACACUAAAUUUAUUGUUAAAUUUACAAUUGAUUUCAGUAAGAAAGCACUAAUAAUCUAAAGUAUGUAAAUAGUUUGAUGAAUUUUAAAUGAAAUACAAUGUUUAAAAAUGAUUCCCUACUUUCCUCAUAUUGUUCCUUCCUGUAAUGUCAUUGAUAUACUCUACGGGAAAUAGGAAGUCCACUGCUGUGGUUUGUUUUAUUACAUUAUCCAAAUCUGCAUACAGUUUUAUGUAAGGCUAUUCUUUGAUUUUUGAAUUCUAUUUUAUAAGUUAGUUCUUAUUAGAUUGUGACCAAUUUUAUCACUGAAAUAAAAAGUAAUCCCCUUUUUAUUAAUUUGCUUUUUGAAUAUUUUAUAAAAUAAAAAUAUUAAACAUAUUUUAUGAAAUAAAAACAUUACUCUUAACGUGAUUGGAUAUUAACAUUAAUUUUGUCGACUUUACUUUUUAACUCAACCUGGACAUAUUUCCUAUAGCUUUCAUAGUUUAUGCUUUAAGUAGCAUUUAAAUGAUAACUUUUCAAAAAUCUGUCUUCUAAAAUAUUCAGCUUUAUACUGUUUAAAAUACAAUUGGAAGAGCAUUUGGCAGUUCAUUUUAUGUAUUAACUCGUUUUUCUUAAUUCA